CAUCCCAUGCACACAACGAACGUACUGCCAUCAGCACAACGAAGGCUUGACCUCCACGCACUUCCUUCCGCUCCUUCCUCUCCUCUCGUCUCCUCUCUCAAUCUACCUACCAUGCAUCUUUUGCACACGCCACUCCGGCCCGACACCCUCUGUCUACUCAUCCAGGACGUCAAGCACGUCAGUCAGGGUGCCCUGCCCUCUGCGGGUGUCUUUGUUCGGUGCCUCCUUCUUGGGCGCCUCCUUGGUCUCCGUAGGGGCCUUGGCGCUCUCAUCCUUCUUCUUCUUGUCAGACAGCUUGGCGGCCUCCUCUGUCUUGGUCUCCUCCUCUGUCACGACGGGAGCAGCCGCGACGGCCUCAGGCUUCUUCUCCUCUUCUGGCAGCUCUUCCUCCUCCUCCAUCUCUUCCAUCUCCUCCAUCUCCUCUUCUUCUUCUUCGACAGCGAUGGGAAUGCUGCGUGCCUCUGGCUCGGGCUCGGCGGGGGUCUUGUUGAGGGUGAUGCGCAGGAUGCCGUCGCGGAACGAGGCCGAGAUGCCCUCCAUAUCCACAUUGCUGCAGGCAAGAAGGCAAGGCAAGGCGAGACAAGAUGGAUUAGAUUAGGGGGUCUGGGUGUGUCGAGUCGUGUUGGAUGCGCUCAUGCUCAGCUCACUCAGGGAGUCUCCAGGAUCGUGAGAAUUUGCCGUAUGACCGCUCCUGAGUCAUGAAGCUCACGCCUGUGCGGGUCUCGGCCUUGGUCUUGUGGCCCUCGACCUUGAGCACGCCCUCCUUGACCGUCACCUUGGCAUCCUCCUUGGCCACACCUGCAGGCAGGUCGAACCAACCGUCAUAAGCUGUGACUGACAUGAUGCCCGUCGGUCUGUUGUGAGUCAGUGAGUGGGCCGGGUGACUCGAUUCGAUUCAAGUCACCUGGCAGCUCUGCGUCAAUGAUGUACUCGUCAUCUGUCUGCAGGACGUCCACACGAGGCGAGAAGUCAGCCAUCGACGUGCGGUACGGCUCGAAACCAGUCGACACUGCACACCACCCCACCACACACAGACCGACACACGCACUGUAGACUACGUGUCGUUUUGUCUUGUUGUCUCACUGGAUGUGCUGACCUCUGAAGAUGUUGUCGAGCUGCUUGCGCAUCCUCGACAUGUCCCUCUCCACCGAUGGGUCAAUGAACACAUCACAAGGACCUCGUGAUCUUGAGGAGGAGCCCCGUCGUGCUCCCCGGUGAUGCCUCGACGAGUGGCGGCUUCGGUCCCGGUAGCAGUCGAGCGAUGUCACGGCCACCGCAUCGAUGUCGGCAUCUGCUGCCCCAGUCAGCGCCCUCUGCAGGUGCCUGUGCCCACUGCUGAGGAAUCGUGCUUGUACAGGGCUGACAGUGAAUGCAUCGACCUGCGUCGACGCAAGCAGCAAGAGAAUGCAAUUGAUAGCGAGCAUUUCAGAGACGGAGAUCUGCGCGAUUAGCUCGCAGGGAGAGCUCACAGCGGUUUUACGGGGAGAUGGUUAAGGGGGAGAGGAGGAGAGAAGCGGCCCAUCACACACCUGCCACAGCGGCUGCAAGACAACAGAAGACAAGACCACGGCUGGCCUUCUGCUCACUGGGAUCCGGCCGAAUGGGAACGCACAACGACUAGAGCGGACGUCGUCGUCUGCCGUGGUGGAGUGGCCCUCUCCGACAGCCAUCUGCAGCGCGGCACGCUGAUCUCCGCC